CUGCGGGAAGAGUCGCUGGUCCUGGGGGUGUUCCCCCCCCUCCUUUCUCUGGGCUCUGAGGCGGAGAAGGGGACGCGGCGGCCGUGCAGUCAGCGUUUGCGCGGAGUCCUACUCCGAAUUCCGCUCCGCUUGAGGAAGCACUUGUCCCGCCACGCUGUCUUCUGCCCUGGCUCAGCAAUAUGACCGAAGGCUGGGUGGAUUGCCCCUCACUGGGGCCCGGCUGGCAGCGCCGUGAAGUCUUGCGCAGAAACGCAACAAGACCAGGACAGUCAGACACCUAUUAUGUAAGCCCCCGAGGAGAGAAGAUUCGCAGCAGAGUGGAGCUGAUGCGGUUGCUGGGGUGUUCAAGAGACCUGACUGACUUUGAUUUCAAGAAAGGGGUUUUCAUUGAGCCUGGUGCCGAGCCUGCUCCACCGGUUCCACCCCCUAUAGAAAGACAUCGGAAGGUCAAAAAGGGUAGCAAGAAGCGACUCCCUUCUCUGCCAGAAGCCACCCCUCCACUCAAGAAACCUCCUGACUUGCAGGAAUUUGAACCGCCUCCGGACGACAAGCCUCCACAGCUUGAGCUGGAGAUGCCGAUCGGGACCCCUGCCAGUAUUCCAGCCCAGCAGCCAGAGCCUCUGGCCCCCGUGGAUCCGUUAACCCCCAAACCCCACAAACGACGACGUCGGAAACAUCCUGCCCCCAUCCUUGCUGAGGGCAAAGCGGGAGAUGCGACAAUGCUAGAAAUCACACCCGAGGAAACUAUUGCGUGCUGUGCCAGCUGUCAAGGCCAGUUCCCAGGAGUGAUGCUCCCAUCCCAGAGGCGCUGCCGUUGGCUCUGCCCCGACUGCAGAGCUCAGAGAAGAGACUUCAACCGGGAGCAGAGAUAUUACAAGCAAGUUGGCUGUGGGGUGUGCCAAGCCUGCCAGAUGUCUCAGGACUGCGGCAUCUGCACAGUGUGUGUCGUGCGAGCCAAGAGCCCCGAGCUCCGCAUUGGCAUCAAAUGCCUGCUGCGACGAUGCCUGAGGAUUGUCAUAAAGGGUCCUGAGUGCGGGAUGUGUCAGGCCUGCAAAAUCACCGAAGACUGCGGUAGCUGUUACAUCUGCCUGCGGAGGCAGAAGCCGGGCAUGAAGCGCCAGUGGAAGUGUGUGAAGCGCCGCUGUCUCAAACGCAAGAAAAAAAUCCCGCCCAAGAAGGACGGCUACAGUUCCAAGAAGCUUAUGGUGGAAGCCUCCCCACCAAAGGAUACCUUCACCCCAGCACGACAGCGGCAGAAGCGGCCAGUGACAGCAACAGAUGGGCCUCCUCCCAAGGUCCAAAGGGCCCCCCGGCGCCGCCGCAAGAAGCUGUCAGCAACACCACCAGUGCCCGCCGUGAGUGAUGGGCCCCCUCCCAAGGCUCAGCUGGCCCCAGGCUGCCCCCGUCAGAAGCGCUCUGCUACCACAAAAUGGAAGCCUUCCAUGGAACGGGAUCCCGGAGGUGUCCCCACAGUACGGCAUAGGCAGAAGAAGCAGUUGGGCACAGUGAAAGAGCGGAAGAAGGCUGGCCGCCCACCCAAGCAUCCCACAGCCAUGCUCAAGAACAGCGUGCGUACCUCAAAAAGCCGGCGGAACCGGAAGUGCGGUGAGUGCGAAGCCUGCCAGCUGAAAACUGACUGCGGCCGCUGCGACUUCUGCCGGGACAAGCCCAAGUUCGGCGGGGGGAACCUGAAGCGCCAGAAGUGCCGCUGGAGACAGUGCCUCCAUUUUGCGAUGGCCGAGGAGCUGCCCUCCGUCAGCAAACCGAUCGACCUGUCCAAGCCGCAGAACCGACAGAUGCCUGACCAACAGCCGCUGAAGCUAAAGGAGGAAGUCAAGAAGGAAUUGUCUCAAGACUGCGUGAAGGACCUCCCCAUCGUACUGCAGCAAGUCAAGGAAGAGCCGGAAGUCCCCUGCCACCCCACCCCACCGACCCAGGUCCUGGUGAAGGAAUCAGAUACCAGAUUACCUGCUGUCAACCUCCUCCUUGCGACAUCUCCCAAGAUCAAGAAAGCGCGCGCAGAACCGGGUGGGGACCGUCGCCCGUUGACCGAUUCUCCGGUGUUGGCGGGGCUGCCUCAGUCUAAGAGCACCAGGGAGACACAAGGCGGGGAGGUGGUCGUGCUGGAUGACGACGAGGAUGACGAAGUGGAACCGCUGCAACCGAUACGCCCCCCGGUGAUAAUGGAGAUCUACAGUCUGGGCGGCGUGCAGCCCCUGAGCCAGCUGGACAGCGUCCUGCGAGAGUUCCUGACGGAACUGAAUGAGAUCCCUCUCCCUGCCCACUGGGAGGUGCUACCCUUGCUGGGCGGCCCAGACCUGCGCCUGGUGCAGCGCUCGAAACAGUCCACCAUGUCGGCGGCGGUCAUCCACAUCCGCCCGGGCCUCUUCUUCCACGUGGUGGUGCGGAACCUCCCCGUGCCUCCCGAGCACGAACUCUACGCCAGCCAUCCGGCCCGCCUCACCACGGUCGACGAAGUGGUGGAACUGAUCUGCGACCUGGAGGCCUAUCGGCUCUGUCCCGGCUGGCCGGCGGGCUGGCACGCGGGCGAACGGUCUCAGGCCUGCGACGUUCUCGUGUACUCGGGCUGCUGCCCGCAGUGCCGGCUUAACCCUUGGCCGUCAGGGAGCGGGGCCCGCUAAGAACCGAGCUGGAGGGGUGGGGGAAGGGGCGAUCUGGAGACGGGACUUGCCCCCCCGGGGCAGUUAAGUGGGCAGAAGUUUUAUUUUGACACUGGAAAUGGCUCGGAUAUCUGAACGGAUCAUUCCUUGCCGCCAAUAGCUUUAUAUUCCCCCCCCCCCUCUCGUUCAGUAGCUUGGCACAAAAAGGUCUGUUUUGUUUUUUCCUCUUGUUGUCUCCUGUGUCUCCGCCCCCUGCCCUGUAUACUGCUUCUACAUUUCUCACGGAGAGUGAAAAGUUUCUUGCAGAGACUAGGCUCCUGUCUUGCUUUGAUCGUUUGCUCACCUCCGGCCAGAGAGUCGCAUUGUGAACCACAGCACGUCGCCGACGGCGGUCUCGGAUCACCACUGUCCUGCACUUUUAAACUUCAGGCGUUCGGCAGAGCGGCACUCGACGUUGGGCCGACGGGAACGUGCAGAAACCUCCUUAUGCAUCCGGCUUGGACUCUCCUCUCUGUCACUCUCCUCAUCUUCUCCUGCUUGCCUAACCCCACCGUGCUGUCGGAUUUAGCACAGUCCCAGAAGACGUCUCAAUCGGCAGCGUGACCUUCUCCAGACAUGGGAAGGGGAGGAUUUUUAGAAAAGGAUCUCCUUCUCCAACUCGAAUGCCUCCUGGCAAGGACCUAGCCCUUCUUUCCCCCCGGUAUGCAUCUAAAAAAUUUGAAGUGUUGCCUCAGGCAUGUUUUUCUGUUUCCGAGUUUGGAGGAUUAGUUCAGUUGGAGGACCGGAGGCGUUCCGUUUGGGGGACACAGAAGGUGAAACAGACCUGGCUGGAAGGCGGCGAGGCGGCUGGCUGGCUGCCCCUCCCAUUUGCAGAGAGGUUCCGGCAUGUCCUGUUCAGGGAAGCUCUUCAGAAGCCAUAGCCGCGCGUCCCUCGCUGACUCUGUGGUUUCGUUUCGCGUCUUCCGUCUGUGCGGUUGGCGGCAACAGCAGCAAAACACACACCCACCCCCCGGGCGUUCUCCCUCACGGCACUCUCGGUUUUGUAAUAUUUUUUUUUGUGCUUCUUCUCCCC